AUGUCUGAACAGAAGAGUCUCCCCGUUACCGUGGAGAAACCGAUCCCCGUCACUUACGAUCUGGGGAAUUUAACCGUGUUUGACUCGAAUGUCGUUGAUGUGAGUGCUGGAGAAGUUGCAGUGCAGAGUGCGACGCGGGACAACGUGCAGUUGCUGAUCAACCAGCUGCUGUCGCUGCCGAUACGGACGUCGACGGAAGGUGGUGGUAAUGGGAUUGCGCUGCUGCAGCUGCCGCAGCCGACGACGGAGCUCCCCCGUGAGAAGGCUUUGCCUAAGAAGAAGGAGUUGACAAAGUGGGAGAAGUUUGCUGCAAAGAAGGGGAUCCGGUCGAAGGUGAAGACGGGGAGGAAAGUGUACGACGAGGAGAGCGGUGAGUGGGUGAACAAGUGGGGGCACGAGGGGGCCAACAAGAAACUGGACUCGCAGUGGCUAGUCGAAGUAGACGAUAAAGUCGUUGGCACGCCAGAUGAGUUGAUCGACCCACGGUCGCUGUCCCGCCAGAAACGUAAGGAGCUCAUCCGCAAGAACGAGCGCCAACAGCGUAAGAACGCGAAGAACUGA